UUCACUAUUUUCACAUUGCCUGCAACCUCCUGAAGGACUGGCCAGAAAAGGCCGUCGUGGUGGUUGAUCUGGAAGAGAAGAAGAUGAAAGAAAAACGUGCGAAUGAAGAAGAUGAUGAUCAACCUUCAACAGCUUUCUUGAUAAAGAGCAACCUUCCAGGUCCAGACUCAACAUGUUUGGGUAUGGUCAAAGGUUACUUCUCUGCUACACGUCGCCUUGCAACCAACAUGACGUACUCGACGUUGAUCAUCUCAUCCAUUUCUGAUUCGAUCAUGUUCGCUGGUUUCUUUUCGUUUCUUGGACGCUACCUGCAGACACAAUAUGACGUCACGCCAUCGAUGACGUCAAUAAUACUCGGUUGUGCCUCCACCCCUUCUGGCGUCGUUGGGAAUAUGCUUGGUGGAAUGUGUUUCAAACGACUCAAACUAUCUCUGAAAGGCCUUUGCGGAGCCAUCAUUACCGGUGGCUGUUUCACGCUUUUCAUUUUGGGCAUGUUUUUCGUCGUUAGCUGCGACACGUCACCCAUUGCUGGUCUGAAUACCCCCUAUCCAGACGGUACUGAAAUGAUUGGCAGGGAUGUGCCAAUUGCGUCUUGUAUGAGUGGUUGCACUUGUCCGGUGGGCGUGUAUACUCCCGUCUGUGGAUCGAAUGGGAUUACAUACGUCACACCAUGUCACGCUGGCUGUAAGGAUCAAAGUUUUGAUGAUGAUAGCGACCAGAUGAUAUACUCCAACUGUUCAUGCAUAGGAUCAAAUGCGUUCCUGACCACCCCGGCAUACGAGGAUGACACAUCUGUACCUGAAAAAUGUUCUACUUCCUGCACUACCAAGAAAUACGGCUUCAUUGCCCUCCUUGCUCUCUUGUUUUUGUUUUAUGCUUUCUUGAAUGUUCCUUGUUUUAUUCUAUUCAUUAGGACAGUAGAUAAUAAGGACAAAGCGGUUGCUUUAGCGUUCUCGAGCUUACUCCAGAGAGUUUUAGCAUUUAUACCGGCUCCGAUCUUUUUCGGUGCGGCCAUUCAGACUACAUGCAUGAUGUUUCAGGAAUCCUGUGGCAUUACUGGAAACUGCCUCGUCUACGACAACAUUCGCUUAUCACGUGUUAUUAUCGGACUAGUCUUAAUCUUUAAAGUCAUGGCUUUGAUCAUGUACACGAUCUGCUACUUUACGAUUCGACGAAAUGAAUCAGGGGAGUACACAUAUCUCCAACUUUGCCAACAAGAAACACCGGAUGACACCAAGUCAGCUGAAUCCGCUAUGUGUACCAUUCCAUAUGAGACCACAGUUUAAAGGCCCACUGUACUACUCGUAGCUACUUGCUCCCUCUAUAUAACAAACAAUGUCUAAUCGGUGACCAAUGG